GCUGGUGGUUUGUACACUUUGUUCCUGUGUGAUGCAAACCAAGAGGAUUUGGCUGUUCUCUGCUCACCUCCUCCCUCUAGUGGCUAGACUGUGUCUGGUCCCACUCGAGACCAUCGUCUUCAUCAAUAAGUUCUCAAUGAUCUUCACGGGCCUGGAGGUCAUUUACUUCCUGGCGUCUAACUUGCUGGUACCAUAUAACCUGGCCAAGACUGCCUACAGAGAGCUGGCUCAGGUGGUAGAAGUGUACGGGCUUCUUGCUUUGGGAAUGUCACUGUGGAACCAGCUGGUCCUUCCAGUUCUCUUCAUGUGUUUUUGGCUCGUGCUGUUUGCUCUGCAGAUAUACUCCUACUUCAGCACAAGAGACCAGCCUACUUCCAGAGAGAGGCUGCUUUUCCUUUUUCUUACAAGUAUCGCAGAAUGCUGUAGUACACCGUACUCUUUGCUGGGUCUGGUUUUCACAGUUUCUUUCAUUGCGCUGGGUGUUCUCACACUGUGCAAGUUCUACCUGCAGGGCUACAGAGCCUUUAUGAAUGACAACACCAUGCACAGGGGGAUGACUGAAGGUAUCACCUUGCUAAUCCUUGCGGUCCAAACUGGCCUCAUUGAGCUGCAGGUCAUCCACAGAGCCUUCCUCCUCUCUAUCAUCCUCUUUAUUGUUGUUGCUUCCAUCCUGCAGUCCAUGCUGGAGAUAGCAGAUCCUAUAGUCCUAGCCCUGGGAGCAUCUAGAGACAAGAGUUUGUGGAAGCACUUCCGUGCAGUUUCUCUCUGUCUCUUCCUGCUGAUCUUUCCAGCGUACAUGGCUUAUAUGAUCUGCCAGUUCUUCCACAUGGACUUCUGGCUUCUCAUCAUCAUCUCCUCCUCAAUCCUCACCUCUCUCCAGGUCCUUGGCACUCUUUUGAUCUAUGUUCUCUUCAUGGUGGAGGAGUUUCGUAAAGCUCCAGUGGAGAACAUGGAUGAAGUCAUAUAUUGUGUAAAUGGGACCUACAGAUUGCUGGAGUUUCUGGUUGCGGUGUGCGUGGUGUGCUAUGGUGUAUCAGAGACUAUAUUUGGCGAGUGGAGUGUGAUGGGAAGCACCAUCAUCUUGGUCCACUCGUACUAUAACGUCUGGCUCAGAGCCCAGCUGGGCUGGCAGAGCUUCCUGCUCAGGAGAGAUGCUGUAAACAAGAUAAAAAGCCUCCCCACAGCUAGCAAUACACAGCUGCAGCAGUAUAACGACAUCUGUGCUAUCUGCUUCCAGGACAUGACCAGUGCUGUGAUCACUCCGUGCAGUCAUUUCUUCCACGCUGGCUGUCUGAAGAAAUGGCUGUAUGUCCAGGAAACGUGCCCUCUCUGUCAUUCACAACUCAAGAGCCAAUCACCAACUAAUGGUGGAGCUACCCAAGAGACACCUGCAGCCAAUCAGAACCCUGCAGGACAGGAAGAAGCCCCAGGCAACAAGCAGGAGGAGGACCACAGCACUCUACUGGAGGAUAGGAAAGAGGAAGCGUCAGUAGAGCAGGAGGGAGAUAAUGAAACUACCACAUCAGCUGGGGAAGCCUCCUCUUCCACCUCCCCCACUGGCAUGCAGUCUGCUCCCCUGCACAUUGUCAACCCUCCAUUAUCAUCUUCCUCUUGUUCUUCUUCUCCUCUUGCAACUGAUUCUGUGCCGCACCAGUCCCCUGCAGAUCACCCUUCUGCAUCUUCUUUCUCUACCUCUUGCACAUCAGACACACCUGACGCUCCUGCAUCUCACUGCCAUUCUGUCUCCACCUUUCGCCAACCAACGUCACAGGUACUGACCCAAGCAGAGGCGAACCCUGCUGAACCCGAAUCCCUCCCUCAGCUAAAAUCAGUCUCCCUUGUGGACAGCAAGGAAAACUCUACUGGUCCAUCAUCACAAUCUAACCCACCAACUCCCCAUUCAGUGGAACCUCCUCCUCGUCCUCCACCCCCUCCUCCAUUCAACCCCUGAGCUCCAUUUUAACACACACACAACAUACAUGCAUGCAUGCAUAUAUAAUCACACAAUCUAAAUAAUCCCCUAUUGUACUUGUCCAACUGUUUGCUGUUGGCUCUCCCAUCAUGUCCAACUCGUUCAUAUCCAUAUUAUGUUUCAAAAGAUCUAAAACAAUCUCUAAACAGAAAUUCAUCACUCGGUAUUAAAAAAAAAAAAAAAGAGAAGACAAUGAUUGCAGCUUUAUAAAAUGUUAGUACUUGGAGCAAUGAAAGGUUUCCCAUGAUAGGUGUAACCCAUGCCAGCAGUGAUUUCAUCACAGGUGCAGUUGUUUUCCACAUGUUCUUUCACAGGGAUUCAAAUUUAAUACAAAAAACAGGAUGCAGUAAUCUCAUCUCAGAAUGAAUUGGGAGUUUUACACCAUGUCCAGAAAAUGUGAAAAUCGGAUUUCCAUCCCGGCCUUUUUCUUU